GCUACAGUGAAGAUGCAGGAGCAGGGCGCAGGCGGGUAGCCAGGCUGGGGCAGCGUAACAGAGAAGGGGCUGCACAUGCCACCUGCGGAGGCAGCGCUCACCCCGCAGCGUCCAGGCUCCGGGCCACGGUUAUUUAUAAAAGUUCCGCCGUCUGCGAGAGGUGUGCGCAGCAGUCAGACCGCGAGGCCCCCUCCGCUUAACUAGGAGCUGACCGCGCUGGUGCCGCCCCGCGCCGGGGCAGCCAGCCUGAGAUGCCGCCGUCCCCCAAGCCUCGGCCAGGGGCCCGGGAGCGUUUCCAGCGCCCUAGUGGGGCGCGGCGAGCGCAAUCAGUCAUCUGGCACCGGGCACGGAGGGGCGGGGCGGAAGCCAAGCGUCCUCCCGGCAGAGUUGGUCCCGCAGCCGGCGCGCCUGUGUCCCCCUGCCCUUCCCCGACAGCCUCUGCCGGCCCAAGUGGUCGUGGCAGGUGCUCUGGUCAUCUGCCCAGGUGAAUCCAGGACCCCGAACAGGUUCUGCUCGCAGCUUAAGACAAGGUGCAGCUCCUAGGAGUCAGUUUGCAGAAUUUCUGUCCCAGAGCCAGUCAAGAUUGUGGGGCCAUGAGGCUCUGAGGAAGUCUGUGCCAGUCCUGGUGGAGCACACCCACAAGCCACUCGCAGGAACUUUUUUGCCACAGGUGUAAAAGACCCUCGACCUGUUAAGAUGCUGAGACAGAUACUAGCAGACAUGUACAUAGAUCCUGAGCUUCUGGCGGAGCUCAGCGAGGAGCAGAAACAGAUCCUGUUCUUCAAGAUGAGGGAGGAACAGAUACGGCGAUGGAAAGAAAGAGAAGCAGCCAUGGAAAGAAAGGAGCUCUUGCCAGUGAAAUCCAGACCAAAGAAAGAGAAUGUCAAAACAGUCCAUUGGAAACUGGGAGCUGAUAAAGAAGUGUGGGUGUGGGUGAUGGGCGAACACCCCCUGGAUAAACCCUACGACGUGCUCUGCAGUGAGAUCAUUGCUGAGAGGGAGCAGCUGAGAGCAGAGAAGGAAGCAGAGGAGCUCAGAAAAACUCAGUCUGAUGAAUUCACCAACAGCAUGAAAACAAAAUCACAGUACUACAACCAGCCAGCACCAAAUCACAUAUGUGAGACAGCAGCAGAAAAGGAAGAAGUGAAGCCAACAUCUACACCAGAACCAACCCUCACAGGAGAGAACACUAAAUCACCCUCCAGUUCUUCAAGAAAUGUUCAACAAAUGUUGGCAGAUUCUAUCAAUCGUAUGAAGGCAUAUGGAUUUCACCAGAAGGAAGAAUCUGUGAAAAUAAAACAAGAUGAAGAAAUAAAACAAAUAGAUGAAGAGAAAACCAAGCAGAUUUGUAAGAACUGGAAAGAAGAUUCAGAGUGGCAGGCAUCUUUGCGAAAAUCCAAAGCAGCUGAUGAGAAGAGGCGCUCCUUGGCUAAGCAAGCCCGGGAAGACUACAAGAGGCUGUCCCAGAGAGGAAGAAGUGGCGAGGGGCUGCAGAGUGCUGGUGUUCCACAGAAGCCCAGAAGACCUCCCCUUCCACCCAAGCCCCAGUUCCUCACACCAGCGGGAUGCCCCCCGAAGCCUCUGGGAAAUCAAGGAGUGUCCAGGACGGCGUCUGGCUCUGCCCAGGAGGACAUCAUUCAGUGGUUCAAAGAGGAGCAGCUUCCCUUCCGAGCCGGCUAUGAGAAGACCUCAGACACCAUCGCUCCCUGGUUCCAUGGAAUUCUUACACUAAAGAAAGCCAAUGAGCUCCUAAGCACAGGCGUGCCGGGAAGUUUUCUGAUCCGAGUCAGUGAGAAGAUCAAAGGCUAUGCCCUAUCCUACCUGUCAGAAGAAGGCUGUAAACACUUCCUCAUAGAUGCCUCUGCCGACUCCUACAGCUUCCUGGGUGUGGACCAGCUGCAGCACGCCUCCCUGGCCGAUUUGGUGGACUAUCACAAGGAGGAACCCAUAACGUCCUUGGGAAAGGAGCUCCUGCUCUACCCCUGUGGUCAGCAGGAGCACCCGCCUGACUACCUGGAGCUCUUCAAGUAACUGUCUGUCCAGGUCAUCAUAGGACUUCCGGCUGGGCUUUCUCUUGACUUUUGUAUAUGAAGCCAAAGUCACCCUGCAGUGGAGCCAAUACAGAAAGUUUCCAGGAAGUCCUCAUAGAAACCCUUCUUCUGCACAAACACUGGGGUUUAGUGUCAAGGGAAAAUGACUUCUGCUUCAUCUGCAUUCCAACAGUAAAGAGAGAAGAGUCUCUAUUUCAGCAGUGACCUCACAUGAAGGAUGUGACCUUAAUAAUGGAUAUAAAUAAAGCAAACACAGAAGAAACUGCAGGAAUUUGGAUGUAAUUCAAAGCCCAGUAGCUUCUGUGAAGUUUUUUGUGACUUCUUCACUGCCUCUUUGUAUAAUCUCAGAAGCUCUCAGGGGACUGUUUUUUGUGAAGUUCCACCUUGGGUUGGGAAUGUGGACGAAGUCCUUACUAAUGCAUGAGAUGAUGCACAAAAUGUACCUCCCUUAGUGGUGUGUGUAUGGGUAGUGGAAAAACAACUCAUAAGUGUAAAUUUGAUUGGACAUUUUAAAAUGUAGGAUGAGUCUUUUGUGGGGGGUAUCCAUUUCAUUUUGUGAUUGAACGCACAACUUUCCGCUUGCCAGGCACUUAGGCCACUGAGCUAAAUCCCAAGCCCCAGGAUAAGAGUCUUAUGAGAGUCUUAUGAGAGUCUUAACACAUUAUAUAUAUAUAUAUAUAUAUAUAUAUAUAUAUAUAUAUAUAUAUAUGCAUGCUGCAGGAAAAUGAGCAAGUGUCUGUUAGUUUGUUUCCUCAUUCUAAGGAAUGGAGACAGUACUUGUUCUUAGUGGUACAUAGACAAGACCACAGUAAGUCAGUGGUUUGCAUAUUAUUUGUGGAUUGGAUUCCCCAGAAAGAUACCUUGUGUUCCCCAAAAAGAUACCUUGAAUUGCUAAUAUCCUAUACUUGAGUGGGACCUUGUUAGGACACAGGGUCUUUGCAGAUGGAGUUAAAGCCAAUGGCUAGGAUCCUCACAAAGAGAGAGAUUUAGAAACAGCCCCACAGAGAAGAUGGCCAGGGGACAACACAAGCAGAGGCAGGAAUGAUGUUGCUGCAGGGCAGGAAACACCAGAGACUGGGGACAGAUGCCAGGAGAGAGGCAUGAGACAGAUUCUCUCCAGAGCUUCAGGAGGAGACAUGGCCUUGCAGACACCUUGAUUUCAGCUGUCUAGCUCCCAGCACUAAAAACAGUAAAUGUCUACUUUAAGUCACUGAGUUUAUGGUAAUUUUUUGCAGCAGCCUCAGGGAACUAAUAUAGUAGCUGAUAUAAUUAUGGGUCUGCACCUCUCAUAGACCCAUUCAUAGCUGCAGAGUCAUAAUGAACUGAAAUGGUUUCCAUUGUUAGACUUUUUUUUUCUUCUUCUUCUUUUUUAUGGGUACCAGGGAUUGAACUCACGACUGCCUGCUUGCAAGGCAAGUACUUAUGGUGCUGAGCUAAAUCCCCAGCCCCUUAGACUUUUAUAAGAGCCCGUCUCAGCAUUUGUUUCUGCAAUGUGGCAGACAUUAUGCAGAGGCCUUUCCUGUUUUUGUCUCUUCCCACUCUUCUGUAUAAUUUUGGACAAGGCUCUUUACCUCUCCGAAACUGUUUUUGCUUCUGAAAGAAGAUAUUUUUAACUGGGUGGUCUUCAUUAUUUUCAUCCAACUCUUUAAUCUUAAGUUGUAUUGCUCACUUGAAUGAAUGAAAUACCUGACAGUCAUAAUAGUUAUGCAGUUACCUAAGAUUCCAUCAGCACAUACGUAUGGUUAUAUGAUAGCCUUCACUACACGACUGGAGGAAGGUUUAGAUAGUAGGAAAUGAUCCAGCUGGACUAAUAUAAAGUGUUAGUUACUUUUCAUUUGUUGCUAAGAUAAAAUAACCAGCACCCAAAGUUAAAAGGGAAAGGUUUGUUUAGAUCAUAGUUUGUAGAGGUUUCAGGCCGUAAACGGCUUGGCUCCAAGGUAGAGUGGCGCAUGGCAGAUGGGCAACAGUUCAUGGUGGAGGAAGACAACAAAAGCAACAAAAUUCAAAAGGAGACAGACCUUUUUCUGUCCCUCAUACUGUAUCCAGUCUACCAGGUUUAGGGCAGUGCCAAUCCAGUAUCUGGACUGAUCACCAGUCACUGUCCUUAAUCCCAGCAUUGCACACUAGAUUCAGCCACCUAUGAGAAAGUCUUAAGAUCACAUGAAGCUUGGCAAGGGGAGGGAGAAUCUAGACACAAAUCAUAACACUGGCUAUUACAAGGGGAAACAUACUUGAAUCCUAUACUAUUUUCAUGCUGAUUACUGACACUCAGAGGAGAAAGCAUCUAGUGUCACAUGAUAUGAUGGCCAGAAAUAAUACUUGAAAUUCUUUGGGAAAGAAUUUGGGAAUGUUUUGGGAAAGAAAUUCUUUAUGGAAUUCAGAAAUUGAUGUGGAAUUGAAGAGGCUUGGAUUUAGUGUCUGAUUCGAGUGACGAUAUAAGGUGGUUUAUAGACCUUGACCUUGGUCCUCUCCUACUGCCUUGUGAGCCCAGAUUCCUGACCCAUCUGCCCAAAAUUUCUUGGUCAGGGAAGUUCUCCUUAUGUUACUGCCAGGUUAUCAACCCCAGGGACUCUGCCUAUCUUCAAAGACUGGGUCCAUCUCAAAUGCUACUCUGUGCCUUAGUUGAUUUUUAUCUUCAGUAGAUUUGGGAAUCUCCCUCCACAUGUCCUGGCCACUGCUCCUGUAACACCUGAACCUCCUUACUAAUCAGGUCAUUCGUAAAACCCCUGGUUCUCAUCCCGUCCUACCCUGCUGUGCUAGGUUGCAUAGGAAAGUUAGCUUGUCCCUUCCUGCACCAGCGUGCUAGCCUCAUCGAGAUGUGUGAGUUGGCUCCUGUCUCACCCUAGGAAGAAGAAAAGCACAAGUAUAGUUAAAGAGAAAAAGGAUCAAGAGAAAGCAAACGUGAAGAUGGGGAAUGGACAGACCACCAAAAAUAUCUCCAGUUCAUUUAUAUAAAAAUUGCCUCUUUGAGCUAAUGCUUUGAAAUUAAACUACCCAUUUAGUAUAAAAGCAUAUACUAUAUGGCAUGAAAUCUGCUUGUAAGUUAAAGAGGAAGACUUAAUGACCUAAAUUUUUUCAGUUGCCCCUUUUACAAAAGUAGCUUUAUUAAUACACGAGAGUCCAAACAUUGCUUUCACACAUGCUUGGGGCUUCUGCCAUUUGGUGAUGGAGAAGACACAAUGGUACUUUUAGGAUAUGAUGGGUACAUGUCUGUGGGAAACUCUUUGCCUUCAGUUUUGAAGGUAACAUAAUAAACACUUUUAGGUCAAAAUACACAUCUUUCUUAGAAAAUAAUUUUUUUUUGUCUUUUUCCUUUUUAUUGGUACUGGGGAUUGAACUCACGACUGCUUGCUUGCAAGGCAGACGCUUAUGCCACUGAGCUAAAUCCCCAGCCCCAGAACAUAAAUUUUUUACAAGUUUAUCCUUUUCCUUUUUUUUUUUUUUUUGUCUUUUUGGGGCAGAGUUUCAGUCUAAAGUUCAGGCUGACCUUGAAUUCACUUUGUAGCCCAGGCUGGCCUUGAACUCACAGCGACCCUCCUAUAUCAGCCUCCCAAGUACUGGAAUUAUAUGCAUGUGUCACCACAUCCGGCCCUACAAUUUUAUCUUUGAGUAAUACUUCUACUUGAAUUGUGUUUUUCUCUUCCUUGGGCUAGCUGUAAAUCUUAGCUUUCUCUUGGCUUUGUGUUUGUGUAACCUCUUCCUCAUCAUUUUCAUUUACUCUUUUUGAUGUACUUUAGGAGAGCUGCUCAUCUCUGUCACUUCCACACAAAAGGUUACAACUCCUGCAGUGGUGAUUCUCUGUGGAUUUGAGCACUACCGUUCCAUUUCUUGUUGACUUGCCAUCCUUCCUUCUCUCCUUGUUCAGGGAUCUUUAUACUUCUCACUGCUACCCAACACUGGAAACCAUUAGGAAGCUUAAACAAUCAAAGUACUCUCAUUUUAAUCAGUGACAAGAUGAUUAUCUGAUAAUGAAGUAACUGGAUAGAGAGAAACCUAACAAGUUUGGGGUUCACUCCUAUUAUCAUUAGCUAUGUGGAAUGUUGAAAAAAAUUAUUAGUAAGCCUGUGUGAGCUUUGCCUUCUUUAUCCCUAAACCAGUUACUAAAGUCACCUGGUUCUAAGGAUUGGAAAAGAUGUGUGUCAUGUGCCUCGACAGAGAAAUAUUUCUGUGAACAGCAGUGAUUCCCUGGGAGCUGCAGGACUAACCAGGGUACCAUCCAUGCUGUCUAGGCCAUUUUGACUGACAGUUUAUACAACCAAUGGGAUGGGCAUCCCAGUAGCUCAUCUCCUGGAGUUGUGGGAUGAUUUGUAAGGAGGGAAUAACUGACAACUCCCAGGUUAUUGGUACCCCCAAAAUGGCCAUUCACAAACCUGACUCAGUUGCCCAUUAAAUACUGAUUAAAAAUCUCCAAGUGUUUGUCUCUCUUUUAGAGCAGAAGACUUUACAUUGUAACUUACCUUGUCUGUCUCCUUAACAGAUCAGGUGGGGGUGCAGCAAAGCCUGAUGGCUAGUGGGGUGAGACUCCAUCACCUUUGCCCAUCUUUGGGUUUUAUUCAGCUAACAGGAUUCCCUGUAUGAAGCAUGUAGAUCUCCUCAAUACUGUGCCCCAGGAACCAAACACGAUGGUGAAUAACUUCUCCCCUAAAGGCUGGAAAAUUAUAUAGAGCCCAGCAAACACUGCUCAACACCACUGAUUUGAUUUUUACGUGAUUCCAUUUGAGGCAAGUAAAUGGAAGAAAAAGUUGUUAAAUAAAAAUUUCCCUUGGCCUUUACUUGA